UUUUUUACGCCUGUUAUUCAUAUUAUAUAAAUUAUAAUGGGAGACUCGGUUACCGAUAAACAAGAAAUAAAAACAGAAUUAAACCCUCAUCUCUAUUCACUCAUUGGAGGUACUCCACCAAUUGCAUUUGUCAAGCCAACACAUCUACCAAAAUGGAAUACGAAGAAAAAAGCAGAAUCUUGGGUACAGAGACCUUUUCUUCACCCUGCACGAACGGACACACUUGUUUUACAUCAUUGGACAAAGGAACCAGAUCAAGACAUGGAUGACUAUCAUUUCGCAAAGUUCAAUCGUGUGAUUGAUAUCGUUGACUAUACUGAAGAAGACUAUGAUAAAUAUUUGACAGACACGGAUUGGACUAAAGAGGAAACAGACUACCUAUUCCGAUUAUGCCGAAUGUACGAUCUACGAUUCCCAGUAAUAGCGGAUCGAUAUAAUUACGAUACAUCACGAACGUUAGAGGAUUUGAAGGAUCGAUACUAUACCAUCAAUCGGAAACUCAUCAAGGCACGAGGUGGGUUGAGCAACGAUCAUCCACCUUCAAUGGAUCGACAAACAUUAUUACAACAAUAUAGUUACGAUAAGAACAAGGAAACAGAACGAAAACAAGCAUUGAUUCGAUUAUACCAACGAUCUCGAGAACAAAUUCAGGAAGAAGAGAUUCUGUUUAUGGAGGCGAAACGCAUGGAAGAGAAUCAACAUGUAUUUACAACACAACGGGAUCAACUUUAUAGUACAUUACACUUGGAACAGGCGCAACAAAUGCCUUCCACCCCACUGACUCCUUUGUCCUCUUCUUCAACUUCUACACAUCUACCUUUACCCUCUGGUCCUACUUCUGCCAACUCUACUCUUUCAUCAACAUCCUCUUCUCAUCUUCCUUCUCCUUCCAGCACGACCAAUUCAACUCCUUUGUCUGUUCCUGGUGGGAUUGGCAUUACUGGUGGUACAAGUAGUGCUGCUCAAGAUCAAAAGAAAAAGAAAAAGGAAGAUACUAUCAAAAAAGCAAGACGCAUCUCUACAUCCUCUUCUAUGGAAGAUCUCUUGCCACCUCCACCUGAAAAGAAAGAUAAGUUAAUCCCUGGUGUAUAUGUUCGAAGUCAAAAAUUACCUGGUGUCAAGACAAACUUACAACCUAAAGUGUUACGGACUAUGGCUGAAUUUGGCAUUGGUGCUCGACCAGUGAUGCCAACACAAGAAGUAUGUUACAAAUAUGAAUAUCUACAAAACUCGGUGGUGGCUCUUUUGGAACUGAAAAAAAUGGCAGAGAAAUUGGAUAUCGACACCAAGGUCAAAGGAUCUACUACAGUGACAGGCAGAAAACAUUCAUUAUCUUCAGGAUCAAGUUCAACCGCAAAUCGACCUGGAGGUGAUCGUCGAAGAAAACUUGGAUAAUUUUUUUUUUUAGUUUAUUCAGACAUUGUAUUUAUUUUUUAUAAUAAAGAGGAAGAUGAUGUAAGAUGAUCAAAU